AUGGCCCAGAUCUAUUUGCUAGUGGCAGGAGUGCUGCUCUGCUCUAUCCCUGCUUACUCUCUUGGCUGGAACUUGCCUAGAAGCCAUAGCCAGGAAAACAAGGACGUCUUCCAACAUUUGGAACAGUUGCAAAGAAUCCCCUCUCAGUGGUGCCUAAAGGACAGAACCGACUUCAAAUUUCCUUGGAAAAGAGAGAAUAUCACCCCAAUCCAGGUGACUCAAGGCACCUGUCACCACCAUCUGAUGCUCCAGCAGAUCUUCAACCUCUUCACCACAGAGGACAGCCGUGCUGCCUGGAACAACACCCUCCUCGAUAAACUUCUCUCUAGCCUUCAUCUGAGGCUGCACCGACUGGAGCAGAUGAAAAAAGACAAUCUGGAUUGUCGAGAUUUGGGACGUGCUGCCCGGGAGUAUUUCCAUGGAAUCCAUGUCUAUCUGAAGGCAAAGGAAUACAGCCCCUGUGCCUGGGAGGUUGUCAGAGUGGAAAUUAAAAGGUGCCUUUCCCUUAUGUAA